CAAGGCUGCACAUUGUGCUCAGACCGGCCAGCCAGCCAAGGUUACACAGCCGCUGCUCUGCCCCGCCUCUCAAGGUGACAAAUGGAAGCUUUAAAUCAUAAACUAAACACUCAGUUUGAGACAUGGAUGGGUCCCAGAGAUCAGCGUGUGCGGGGAUGGCUGCUGCUCGACAACUACCCACCAACCUUUGCACUCACAGUCAUCUACCUUCUGAUCGUGUGGAUGGGGCCCAAGUACAUGAAACACAGGCAGCCAUACUCGUGCCGAGGCCUCCUGGUGCUCUACAAUCUGGGCCUCACGCUCUUGUCCUUCUACAUGUUCUAUGAGCUUGUUAUGGCAGUGUGGCACGGUGGCUACAACUUCUACUGCCAGGACACUCACAGUGCUCAAGAAGUGGAUAAUAAGAUCAUAAAUGUCCUGUGGUGGUACUACUUCUCCAAGCUCAUCGAGUUCAUGGACACCUUUUUCUUCAUUCUACGAAAGAAUAACCACCAGAUCACGUUUCUUCACAUCUACCACCACGCCAGCAUGCUGAAUAUCUGGUGGUUCGUUAUGAACUGGGUACCCUGCGGCCACUCAUAUUUCGGCGCCUCCCUGAACAGCUUCGUCCACGUCGUCAUGUAUUCAUACUACGGCCUGUCAGCCAUCCCAGCCAUGCGGCCGUACCUUUGGUGGAAGAAAUACAUCACACAGUUUCAGCUGAUCCAGUUCUUUUUAACCAUGUCUCAGACGAUGUGUGCAGUUAUAUGGCCGUGCGACUUCCCUCAGGGAUGGCUGUACUUCCAAAUAAGUUACAUGGUCACGCUUAUUUUACUCUUCUCAAACUUCUACAUUCAGACUUACAAGAAGCACAUCGGCUCUCAAAAGAACCAGAACGGCACUCCUGUAUCAACAAAUGGACAUGCAAACGGGACGCCGUCUACGGAGCGCACUGCACACAAGAAGCUGAGGGUGGAUUGACAUUUGAGAAACCGCCAGCCAAUUCUCACUGUAGCGUGUUAGCUAAUGCUGCUAGGAGGUAUAUGUAUCUCUGAUCUAGAAUAGUUUAGCGCUCACUUGAGAUGAAAUAAGCCAUAGCCACAUAUAUCCAGAGACUCUCCAUGUUUUUGCACACGUUCCUACUCAUGGUAUUGAAUUAUUAAAUUAAGACAGACGAGUAUUGUAGUGUGGUUCCACAAUAUUGCCUCCCCUGACCUCUAAAGGAAAUUCACUCCAAUGCAAAAAAUCUCUUUCUUGCUACCAGCAAACGGACAUUGACUCAUUCAGCGAUGCUUUACACACAAAAGGUCCAAAGAUGAAAGCUGCAGACGGUGUGUUGGCGGCUGAAGGUUUCAUCACCCUCUAUGACGUCUCUCUUUCAAUGACCGAAGGGACAGUUAAACUAACACAGCAUUUAUGGUCCUUAAUAUGUAACUAGAGCAUGCAUCUUAUGUCUUGCUUUAUCUCACUCCUGUCUGUGCUGUUGCAUAAUCCUAAAUUUUGCCCUACUGUAGUGCAUUUUUAUUGACAGGCUGUGACAGCAAAUAUUUUGCUGUAUAUUUGCAGAGCAGGGUCGCCAAUUUGGAAUAUUUAGCCAUCUAACCAAAGAAUAACCAAAGCAUAGAUUACUGCAUAUACUAGGAUUCAUAUUUAAACCAGUUUAAGACACGGUGUUAGUGGGCAGUUAUGCUUUAUGAGCACAAUAUAAACUCUCCUUAAUACCCGCCAUGAUAUAAAAAUGUGUUUGUCUCCUCUCACACUGUGCUAAAAUAUCUACUGUAGCUCUAUCCAGUAAAUGCAAUUAAAACUCAAAAUCAUUUAAAUUACUUCAAUAAGGUGGUGCCCACUUGCAGUGCAGCUGCUUAUUGGUAACUAUUUAGGUAUUAAAAAAAUAUAAGAAUCGGUAUAAUUCAGUGCUUAACACUCAAAUACGUAAAAUUCAGAUAAACUCUACUAUAUAGUUGAGAAUAAAGUUUAUCAUUGACCUGGAAACAAUAGUUAAUCUCACCACAAGGUCCAUUUAGUGGAUCCUCCAGAGCUUUUGAUUAUCACAUGGUCUUCCUCAGUUGAUGUGAGAAGUUUUUAAAAUGGCCAGAAAAAAAUCGAGAUUAAAACAUCUAUAAUUUUACCACAUUUGGGUGAACCCCAUCUUCUAAAAAGAUCAUGGCUGCGUCUGAAAACGCUAAAACAGUAGUGAGAUUUUUUUUGGCAUGUCCAAAACCUUAGUAUGAAACAUAGACUGUCUAUUUAGACAGUCAACUGGUCAACACCUACUGUAAAAAAAAGGAAGCCAAAAUACCUCAGCGGAAAUCACUACUACGCAGCAUCUGCCUCCAAAUAACAUCAUUAAUGCAAGAUGGCAUUUGGAGCCAGAUGCUGCGUAGUAGUGAUUUCCGCAGUAUCAACUUCCGGCCCAUACACCAAUCUGACCAAUCGCAAACCAACUGGCACACAAAGCCAUUAAUCGUGACGUCACAGCCCCUUUAGAUAACAAAUUAUAACCAAACUUAACAGAAGAACGAACACCUGAAAAAACCAUCUGUGUUCAAGGUGCAUCCGAAAAGAUAUAUACUAGUGUUUAUUUGCAAAUAUUUUGAAUAAUAGUACACUUUGGGUUUUUAAUUCAAAGUAUGCAAUUUUGGACAAAUGUGAUAUGGUCGAAAGCUCCAGAACAGCUUCUAAACUGACCUUGUGGUGGAAUUGUUUUGUUAAACAAUAUAUAAUUUUUGGGGUUUUUUUUUUGUUUGUUUUUCAGGCUUUACAUUAAUAGGGUGCCUUCUGGACCAGUUGUUUCUAAUUUAGCAUUUUUUCAUCUUUUUAGUGUGCUAUCACCAGGUUCACAUUGGUCUGUUUCAGACUAAUGUGUGUCAAACUUCCUGUUCGAAUCCUGUGCCUGAUUCUUCUGUUUCUGAAAAUGUUAGAUGUCCUGAACUAUGAACAAUUAACAUACUAAAAGCAACAGUGAUGUUUCUGUUAUAUUAAAGGAAUAGUCUGGAGAUACGCUCAUACACUCUCUGCUGAAAGUUAGAUGAGAAGUUACCACUCUCACAUCUGCACGAAGUGACUCUACAGCCAGCCGCUGGUUAGCUUAGCUUAGCAUGAGGACUGGAAACGGGAGACAGCUAGGUCCAAAGGCAACAAAAUCUGCCUACCAUACCUCUGAAGCUCAAUUUAGAUUUUGUUUGCAUUUGGACAGAACCAGGCUUGCUUUCCCUCCAUUCACAGUCUUAAUGCUAAGCUGUGCUAACCAGCUGUAGCACUGCAUACAUGUAGCAUAAUUAUGGCUCAAAGAAGUUGAAAUUUCGACUGGAAUGCCCCCUAAAGUUGGAUUUCCAACACAGAAAAACGGGGGAAGCGCUGGUAAUAUACUGUUUAUUUGCACGUCUGUCUUAUUUGUGUCUCACUAAAACAGUUAUCUAUCUGUGGAUAAAAUACAGAAUAAUGUGUUGUUAUGAACUGGUAAUGCUAACAGCGGCUAACCUGGCUUGAACUGGUAUUGCUAACAUCAUCUUGGUUUUCUGACUUGUAUGGGAACUCGGGAGCAGCAGCAUAAGCAUACAGAAAUGAGUGGUAUCUACCUACUAUCAAGCUCUCGGCAUAAAGUAAACAAGCAUAUUUCACAAAAUGUUUAACUAUUCUUUUAACAUCUUCCAAAAGUGUUUCUCAAUUUACCAUGUUUUUUGUUUGUUUUUUAAGGGACUGUCUGUUAUUCAUGAGAGAGCAGAGGUGGUGCAAUAUGGAAAAGGUACUUCAGAUAAUUACUUAAGCAGUGGGGAGGGAGUUAUGUUUAUGAUUUGGUUAAGGGUAGGGAAAUUCAACUUUAAACACUUGUAUUUUGUAUUUAUUAUAAAUAUCCUCAGAACUCCAAAACCCAAAAGGCAUGUUUUCUUAAAAAAUCUACAAAACCACACAAUUUAUCUCAGCGAGAAACUGUGGAAAAUGCAUAUUGGUGGUGAAGGGGCGUUCAUACAUUUCCCUCAGUCACUGAGGGAGGCUCAAGAAAAAAAUAUUUGAAGCAGCGAAAAAAACAAAGUUACACCCCAGCCACCCCCCUACUCUGUAAAUAAAAUACAGUCCCUUAGUGAAAUUAAAAAGUCAUAGGAAUGAAUUGUUUGUUUUUUGUUGGCAAAUGAGGAUUAGUGAUCCAACUAUUAAUUCAUUUUUGUUCCUCAUGUUUAUGUUGUUUUUUUUUUUUUAGCCUAAACCAUUACCAGGGGCCUACACAGUAAAUGCUGGUAUAUAAAACAAAAAGGUACACGGUUGUUUGAUUUAUGAACUCUGUAAAUCUGAUACACUCGCAGCGGAGCACUGCUGCGCUGCUCUACCAUGCUGAAUCAGUUUAAUGAGGUACAGUAUGGCCUUAUAACCACUGAAUGAGCAUGUUGCUCAUAUGUAAAGGUGACCUAGAUUCAUGUUCACUGCAUUAGAAAUUAUUGUUAAAUUCUGAAUAAUACAUACAAUGGCCACAUUGUGUCUGCAUGAUGAAACUGGUCCGCAGAUAUCUGCUGAUAAUAACAGGAAACCUGUUUAACAUGCAUGAGCCAUAUCUACUUAGAAAUUAAAUUAUAGUUUAAUUAUUUCCAGCUACAUGCCAUCCCUGUUACAGUUCCUCCUUUGUACAAGGUGAUAGCGCUGAAGGUAACAGGGUUUAUAGGCCUAUUUAAGGGCUGGAUUAGCAGUAGGUUGGUAAAGGCCAAGAAAGCGUGUAUGUAAGGAUAUAUUACAUACAUUUUAUAGACUGUUAAAAUAAAUAUAUAUAUUUUCUGAAAUCAGGGGUAAA